ACCUUCCAAACCCUGCCGUUCGGAAGGUAUUUAUUCGCUCUGGGCUAGGAGGGUCGUAAACCAGAGUGUGGAUCGAGCACAUGAGAGCUUGAUGAUAAGAAACAAGACACUGGUUGUUGGAACGACAACGAAUACUCAGUCCAUGUCACACGACUCUCUUUUCGAUACUCCCUACGCACAAAGUCACGAAAUCCUGCUCGAAGUACAUUAGGAGCGAGGACGCAAAAGACAUAAGCAGAAGAACAACCAAUUCGCAGUAUUGAGAGUGAGAGUGAUCAAGAAUGCCUGAAGGGGAGACUGGAUAUACCUUUGACAACAGCUGUCGAAUAUCACAUGGAUUGGCACAUGUCAAGAAGCCCUUCAAUAACAUCGAUUUGACGAUGCAUGAGCUGUGUUCAAGGAGCAAACAGCUCUUCUCCGGCCAGCUUGGAUUUAUCGAAUUUACGUCGGAACUGCGUCUGCCACGUCAUAUUCACAUGGCCCUGGACAAACAGAAACUGACAGAUGAGCGCAUCUUGGUGCUACACGGGGUGGGAAUGGUUGAGAUCGCUGGCACGCUGUACGCUGUUGCCCCGGGCUCCCUCGUUGACAUCAUCGGCGGAGUUCCUCACACAUGGACUGCUUGUCCUCCUGGGGUGAGACUGCCUGACGGCUCGGUCUCGAAUGGGUCGUUCACCAUGGUCUACGAAUAUGAGGAGCCAACUCGUUUCUUUCCAACAGCAUCCACCAAGGUCGUGACAGAAGUGUCAGAAUACGUGGCAUUUGAGGGCUCAUACGAUGAUAUCCUGAUACCAAGACUGAGCGCUAAGGAGGCCGUGAAGAGCGUCAAAGUUGUUUUCAACAAGGAGCUUCAGGAGCUCCAACUAGCUUGAAUAUUCCAAAGCCUGUACAUGAAUCUUGCUGCAG